AAGUAGUCGUGCAUUAUGGGUUAAAUAUAUUGUGAUUUCUUAUUUGAUUUCAAGUUAUCCUGUUCCUGGUAAACCAUUCCUCUCACCAUCUUCAAUUGCAAAUUGCAGUAAUAUAUUCAUUUCACACUGAUUACAAGACGUUUCCUGGUUUGCCUCUUUUAUCAGCACGUUCAAACAUCUGCACCCACAACAGCUGAUUCUGUGAAUUAUUCCGCUCUUCGACCAAGUUGACGCUGGCUACAUCUCUCUAUUUCCUGAAUCAUUGAAGCAAACGGGAUGCUCAGUGCGACUCGCUAUCUCAGUCAGUAGUUCGAUACAAACGAAAGCGGUCGUCUCGUCCCGGACAGCUACCGGCUAUUAUUGGUGUACCAUUUUGCACGCUCUCAGUGACUGUGCAAGCAGCUAUUUACACUUUCAAGACACGUUCCGUGAACUUGAAAAGUUGCAAGUCAGGGCGAACGUGCAAAAAUGAGUGACGAAUGGGCCAUACUGUCCAGAGUACCGGAUAUUCUGGAAGAGUACAACUACUUGAACACAUCCAGUGAAGUGCCAGUUGUUCAAUUUGAAUACCCAGAAAACCUGAAGAACCUAAUUGACUUCACUAUCGACAACGGAGGACCACGAGAACAGUCAGAAAUAGAAUCGAUAAUCAAAGAUGUUCUUCAUUAUUCGGUAAAAACUGGUCACAGUAAUUUUCACAAUCAACUGUUUGCGGGCGUAGACCCCUAUGGAUUGGCCGGAAGCUGGAUCACGGAUGCACUUAACACAAGCCAAUAUACAUUUGAAGUGGGCCCAGUUUUCACCUUGAUUGAAGAUGCGCUGAUAAAGAAAUGUCUUGCAUUGUUCGGCUUCCAAGACGGUGAUGGAAUACUUUCGCCUGGGGGAUCCAUUUCGAACAUGUACGCUAUGGUUGCUGCAAGGUUUAGAGCGUUGCCAGAUGUGAAACGGACCGGCUUGGCAAAUCAACCCACGCUAGUAGCGUUCACUUCGGAGGAGGCACACUAUAGCAUUAAAAAAGCCGUCCAUUGGCUAGGCAUUGGAAUCGACAAUUUGGUUUUGGUGAAAACGGAUUGCCGAGGUCGUAUGAUUCCGGAUGAGUUGAAGAAGUCAAUUGAAGCUGUUAUUGAGUCCGGACGAAAACCCUUUUUCGUAAAUUCAACUGCUGGCACUACCGUACUGGGUGCGUUUGAUCCGUUUGGACGAAUUGCCGACAUCUGUCAGAAGUACAACCUUUGGAUGCACAUUGAUGGAUGUUUGGGUGGAACAGCGAUUUUGUCAAGCAACAAGACUUACCUUUUGGCAGGAUCGGAACGCGCAGAUUCUUUUGCUUGGAAUCCGCACAAAACGUUGGGCGCUCCUCUGCAGUGUUCUGUAUUCAUUCUCAAGCAGAAAGGAUUGUUACACGAGUGUAAUGCAGCCAAUGCAGAUUAUCUGUUUCAACAGGACAAAUUUUACGACAUAUCGUAUGAUACCGGUGAUAAAAGUGUCCAGUGUGGUAGAAAGGUGGACGCAUUAAAGAUUUGGCUCAUGUUCAAAGCUCGAGGGAUGAGCGGUUUGCAAGCACUCGUUGACAAUGCUUUUGAUUGUGCUCGAUAUUUCACCGAAGAAAUCCGGAGCAGAUCUGGGUUCCGAUUGGUUUUAGACGAAUAUGAGUAUACCAACAUCAGUUUUUGGUACAUUCCCAAAAAGCUACGGGUGGAAGAAGAACAUCAGGAUGCAUCUUGGUGGGCUCGCAUUUAUGAGGUCACAGCUCAAAUUAAGGAACAUAUGGUAAAGCAAGGGACCAUGCUAUUGGGAUACGUGCCCAUACCUCGGAAGAAUAUAGGCAACUUUUUCAGAAUGGUUGUGACUUGCCAUCCAAGGCCUUCAUUCGAUACUAUGAGAUUUGUUAUAGAUGAGAUAGAACGAGUAGGGGAAUCACUUUAAAUAUUUUAAUAAAAAUGUGAUGCAUUUGAUGUAUUUAA